AUGUCAACCGGCCAGAUCCCGCAGCUCUUCAGCCUGGCUGGCAAGACCGCCUUCGUCACUGGAAGUACAGGUGGCAUUGGACUUGUCUUGACCCUGGCUCUCGCAGAAGCCGGGGCAGAUAUUGUGUCAAUUCAAAUCCCCAACGACCCCGGAGCGGCUCACCUGCAACAGGAGGUAGAACGCCACGGGCGCCGAUUUCAGCAAGUCGACAGCAACCUGCGUGACUACAAGUCCAUCCCGGGAAUGCUCAAAGGCGUCUGGGACGCCGGUGUCGACCCUGAUAUCCUGCUCAACUGUGCGGGAAUCAGUCGACAUGCCAAAGUCGAAGACACGCCCGUGGAGUAUCUCGAUGACGUGAUGGACAUCAACUUCAAGGCCGCCUACAUGAUCUCGCAAGAGUUUGGCCGACGACUUCUCCAGCUCAACCGUCCCGGCAAGAUCAUCCACAUCGCGUCCAUGGCUGCGGAGCUCGUACAGACCAACAUUUCGGUCUAUGCAUGCAGCAAAGCCGCCGUGCGCACGCUGACCAGGGCGCUGAGCAACGAGUGGGCCGAGAAGGGCAUUCAGGUCAACUGCAUCAGUCCAGGAUUUGUCAAGACCAAGAUGACCGAGCCACUCUUCAAUGAUCCCGAUUUCAACAAGAAUGUCAUCCAACGGACGUCAUCGCGCCGUUGGUCAGUGCCUGAGGACCUGAGGGGUGUGGCCAUCUUCCUCGCCAGCGCGGCGAGCGACUUCAUGACGGGAGAGGAGAUUGUGGUCGACGGUGGAGUGCUGGGCCGCUGA